GAAUAUACCAAUUUAUCCUAAAAAUAUGAAAAUGUUUCACUGUAUAAGAGGCGGUCUCUCUCUCUCUCAUAAUGAAAAGACUUACUAAAAAGAAAAGCUUUUUCAAAGAAACUCAGCUUUUACUUCUUUGUCUGCCAUUUAAUUUCCUUAAAUAUAUCAUUAUAUCACCUUCUCUCUUCUCCCACACACAAAAAUCACUAGUAGGUGUUAGCUGUUUUAUAGUAGUAGCAAUAUCUUUCUUUAAGCUUAAAAGGGUCACUCACAUUUCCCAGAAUAAAUGGUUUAGUAGUGAAGUAAAAGAGAAAAAAUUCAAGUGGGGUUUUGUUCUUGAAGCAAAGUUUUGAUUUUUUUUUUUUUUGUGUUCUUGGAAAUCCCUUAUGAGUUUUGUGAUUAAAGAAAUCCAUUUUUUGAUCCUUACUUUGUAUUGUAAGUGAAAAGUUUGAAUCAUUUUGUGUUCUUGAAGAACCCCAUGUGAGUUUUGUGAUCGAAAAUCCCUUUUUUGAUAUCGUGUUUUGAAGUGAAAAGUUUGAGUCCUUUUGUGUUCUUGAAAAACCCCAUGUGUGUUUUGAAGUGAAAAGUUUGAACUUUUUUGUGUUCUUGCAAAACCCCAUGUGAGUUUUGUGAUCAAGAGUCCAUUUUCUGGUCUGUAUUUUGUGUUGUGAAGUGAAAAGUUUGAAUCUUGCUUAAGAAAAAAUGAUAUCACUUUCAGACCUAUACCAUGUUCUUACUGCUGUCGUUCCAUUGUAUGUAGCAAUGAUCUUAGCUUAUGGUUCAGUAAAAUGGUGGAAAAUCUUUACCCCUGAUCAAUGUUCAGGGAUAAACAGAUUUGUUGCUCUUUUUGCUGUUCCAUUGCUGUCUUUUCACUUCAUUGCUUCCAACAAUCCUUAUGCAAUGAACUAUAGGUUUAUAGCUGCUGAUACUCUUCAGAAAAUCAUUGUUCUUUUUGUGUUAGCCAUUUGGUCUAGAGUUAGCUCAAGGGGGUCUCUUGAAUGGUCCAUUACUUUGUUUUCACUUUCCACUUUGCCAAAUACUCUUGUUAUGGGGAUCCCUUUGUUGAAGGGAAUGUAUGGUGAUGCCUCAGGAAGUUUAAUGGUCCAAAUAGUUGUGCUUCAGUGUAUCAUUUGGUACACUUUGAUGCUUUUCUUGUUUGAGUAUAGAGGUGCAAGAAUGCUUAUUGCUGAACAGUUUCCUGAUAAUGGAGGAUCCAUUAUUUCAUUCAAAGUGGAUUCUGAUAUUAUCUCAUUAGAUGGUAAAGAGCCAUUAGAAACUCAAGCUGAAGUUGGUGAUGAUGGGAAACUUCAUGUUACUGUUAGAAAAUCCACUAGUUCUAGGUCUGAAAUAUUUUCAAGAAGAUCCCAUGGUCCUAAUUCUGGUCUUUCAUUAACACCAAGACCAUCAAACUUAACUAAUGCUGAGAUUUAUUCACUACAAUCUUCAAGAAAUCCAACUCCUAGAGGUUCAAGUUUUAACCACACUGAUUUUUACUCAAUGGUGAAUGGGAAAAAUGCUAAUAUGAGUCCAAGGCAUUCAAAUUUUGGUAACUAUGGUGUUGAUGAGGAGAGUGGUGUUGGGAGAGGAAAUGGUGUUUAUGGUCAAGGGAAUGCAGGGUAUCCUGCUCCUACUAAUGCUGGAAUCUUUUCUCCGGCUACCGGACCGAUGACUAAGAAGAAGGCUAAUGGUGGUACAGAAGGUGGAAAGGAUCUUCACAUGUUUGUUUGGAGUUCAAGUGCUUCACCAGUAUCUGAAGGAGGGAUUCAUGUCUUUAGGGGAGCAGGUGACUAUGGUAAUGAGCUUGGUGUUGGAGCCCACCCAAAAGAUUAUGAUGAAUUUGGCCGAGAAGAGUUCACAUUUGGAAACAAGCAGAACCCGAAUGGAACUGACCGAGAAGGGCCAGUUGUGCGCUCGAGCUCCACAACCGAGCUCCGUCCUAAGGUUGCUCAAGAAGAGACCAAGGCUACUGCCAUGCCUCCGGCUAGUGUCAUGACCAGGCUCAUUUUGAUUAUGGUGUGGCGAAAACUAAUUAGGAAUCCGAAUACUUACUCCAGCCUCAUUGGACUCACUUGGUCUUUGGUCUCUUUCAAAUGGAAUGUUCAAAUGCCUGCUAUUAUAGCCAAAUCGAUAUCGAUUCUUUCUGAUGCUGGUCUUGGAAUGGCAAUGUUUAGUCUUGGUUUGUUCAUGGCAUUGUCGCCUAGAAUCAUUGCCUGUGGGAAAACAAUUGCUAUCUUCUCCAUGGGUGUGAGAUUCGUUACUGGUCCUGCAGUCAUGGCUGCUGCCUCCAUUGCAGUCGGUCUUCGAGGUGUCCUUUUGCAUAUCGCUAUCGUUCAGGCAGCUCUCCCUCAGGGAAUUGUUCCAUUCGUCUUCGCCAAGGAAUACGGUGUUCAUCCUGAUAUAUUGAGCACAGGGGUUAUAUUUGGGAUGUUAGUAGCACUUCCUAUCACUUUAGUUUACUACAUUUUGUUGGGGGUUUGAAGCAUGAUGGUGAUGAUCAAGAACUAAGCAAAGCUAUUGGAGUUUUUGUAAAGGAGAAAAACUAAAGACACCCUUUUGGCAUAUGGUCAUUUUGGCUUUACUAACACAAUAUGAAUUACUAUCAUGUAAGAGACAAAAAUGAAAGCAAAGUGGAAUUGUGAAAUGGGCAAAACCAAUAGAGAGGAGUUUUAGUGGAAAAAAUUCUUUUGUUGUCUCUUUGUCUUCUCUUACCUUUUUGGAACUUUUGUGCUAUCCUAGGCCUACUUGUCUUUUGGUUCUUUUUCCAUGAAAAAAGUGAAAGUUUAUUUUCC